AUUUGUGAAGUAAAAGUUAAAUAGCAAUUAAAGUUUGUUAAAAUACUAAUUGUUAGAAAAUCGAUAAAAUAAACAUUAAAGUAAACGAGUAACUUUACAAGCUGCAUACAUACAUACAGCAUUAAUAAUAAACCAAACGAAGCAGUAACUUAAAAGUAUAAGCUUGAAAAAUUACGUGGCGAAAGUUAAGUAAAGAAUUUUGUGGGAAAAAAAGUGCAGUGCUGUGAGACCGUAGCAGCGGGCUGAACAGCAUUUUGGCAAAGAUAUCUAAACUGAAAGAAAGAGAAACAGUAACCAAAAGGAAGGAAGCAAGCAGAAGAGAGAAAAACGUGAAAAUUUUACAGCGAAAUAAAACCGAAAAGCAAAGAAUACAACACUAUACACAGAUUCAAACACUUAGAUCCAGGUACACAUACGGACACAUACAUAUAAACGUACGAGCACGCAAAGCUAGACAGAGAAAGGAAAACCAGACAGUCACACACACAAGAGAUAAAUUAGUCCGUCUUAAACAGGCGAGCAGAGCGAGCAAGAAAAACAAAGAAGACGAAAAUCAAGAAAUUUGCAUGGACAGAAAACAAGCAGGCAAGCGAGAGCUUUGAAUAAACAAAUAAAUCGAGCAUACAGCGUGAAAUUCCGCAUAAGGAUAACACAAAAAAGAAAAAAACUAAUUCUCAGAUUCAUUUUGCCAAGAAGACGGAAGCAUUAUAAAAGCUACGAUUUUUUAGGAAAAAAAAAAGAAGAAAUUGUUUCGAGUGAAACUAGUGAAAAUUUUCUAUUAAUUUUGGCAAAAAUCAGUAACGAAAUUUAUUAAGCGAAAAAACUUAAGAAAAAGGUAUUGGUGUGUGCAGUAGAUUGCUAAAGAACUAAACAGAGAUAAUGAACAACAAUAAUAAACGCAAAAAUCGCCCCACUGGCGGCGGUGGCGGUGGCAGUGGUUCUGGUGGUGGUAUGUCAAGAUAUUCAAACGAUAACAGACCAUCUAAUAAGACGCAGCGUCCUUCGGCUCAGGGCGUUUACAAUAAUGCGUAUUUUAUGCAUGCCGCUACCGCUUUAGUUGGUAAUGUAGUUCAAAUGCGUUUAAGGUCUGGUAACAUAUAUGAAGGUGUCUUUCGUACGUUUUCGCAAGGUUUCGAUGUAGCUCUUGAGUUACCGUCAUGCAUUAAAUCAAGUAAAAACGCUCCAGAGGAGAUUAAAUCUGUUCCAAAUUUUAUGAUAUUUCCCUCUGAUACUGUCGUUAGCAUUUCGGCCAAAGAUUUUGAUUCACAAUAUGCCACAGUAGGAUCUUUCCAAACCGAUGCCGCGAUUUCUGAAAAGUGUAACGGCUCUCGCUUUGAUGAGAAAGAAUUGGAACCUUGGGAUCCUGCAGGCAUGAAUGGAGACGUUGACAUAGAAUUGGAAGACGCGGCCAAUGGCUGGGACGCGAAUGAAAUGUUUCGAAAAAACGAAAAUCAAUUCGGUGUACAAUCGACUUUCGACGAUUCAUUGUCGUCGUAUACUGUGCCGCUAGAUAAAGUUGAUUCGGAGGAAUUUAAGGAACGUGAAGCCCGAGCUGAGAAGUUAGCUGCCGAAAUUGAAAAUAAUCCAGCCUAUCGUGAUCGUUUAGAUUUGGAAAAUGGCGACGAAGAAGCCAUGUUCGCUGCUGUUGCUAGACCCUCACUUGACACAGAACGUGAUCGGGAAAAAGUUCACGAGCGUGAACGCGAGAUUGAAAGGGAAAAGGAACGAGAUUUGGAACGCGACCGUGAGCGCGAGCGCGAUCAUAGGGAUGAGCGUGAGCGAGAACGUAAACCGCGCUCUGAAGGUCCCGUCAUGCCGGAACGUUAUAUAAGCAAACCGUCGCGGAAUAUUUCCGGUCCGCCGCCUACUACUGCCAUGUCCGGCCAAUCUAUUGGGUCGGGACCUUCGCCACGGGGCGCUCAUAACAGCCACGAACGUGACUUGAUAAGCGACCGUGGCGAACGUAUGAUGAGCAAUGCUAACGCUUCAGCAUCAACAUCGUCUACGUUGGGCCAGUCGAACUCCACGCAAACACCCGCUGGUGGUAUGAUGGGUGGAAUGAAGAGCUCGACGGUCCCAGCCUCAAAUCAAAUAAAUAAUAAUAUGAUACAACAAGACGGUGCUGGUGGUGGUGGCGGAGUCAAUAAGUACGUCGGUGGUUCGAUGAUGAAACGCAAAUCCAAUCCACAAGGGCAAAAAUUGGUGCGUAACACUCCGCCCCCGAACAGUGGAAACGGACCAAAUCAAAUGGCUACAUCAAGCGGCGGCGGCAACGGCGGUAUGCCUCAAAACGGUUCGGGAGUGGGUAACAGUAAAAGUACCAUUUAUCAAUCGGUAUCCAUGCAGACUCAGCAGCAAAAUACUUACCAGAGUUUUACGGCGGUAAUGCACGGUGGUGGUGGUAGUGGACAAUAUCGAGGCUCUUCAAAAUUGAAUGGCGAUAGUGCGUCCAGUGGAAGUGGUAGCGGCGGUAAACCUUUACCUCAAAGACCAAUGCGUCAAUAUUCGGGAUCAUCUACGAACUCCAAUCUAAGUUAUGGUAAUGACGUUCAAAAUCAAACAAGGCAUUCAAAUCAUGGACCUUUGCAUGGUGGCCCCGGUCAGCAAUCGAGUAAUAGUAAUUCGCCACCGCUGCAGACAGGAGGCAGCACUCAACCUCCACCACCGCAACCGCAACGCCAAAUGCGUUCACGAGACAGUCAGUUGCAAGAAUUGCGACAAUUCGGUCAAGAUUUCCAGUUGUCAAACGCUACAUCAACUCCCGGAGCAGUGAUCCAAACUCAACAGCCACAAGCAAUAAGUUCGCAGCAGCAAACCACUCAGCAUAUGAAUGUUGGUAAAGGUCAUCAUCAACCGCAGCCUCCAGUCUCACCACCGCAGCAACAGCAACAACAGCAACAACAUAUGUCACAACAUGUGACUACUCACAUAGUAACGACGCAGCAACACAGUGUUUCUAUGCAACAUGUACCGCAACAGCAUCAAUCGGCAGUACAGCAACAUCACGUUAACCCUCAGCAGCAGCAGCAGCAGCAACAACAGCAGCAACAACAACAACAACAGCAGCAGCAGCAGCAUUAUGUGCCAGCUCAUUUGCAACAACAACAUGGGCAACAAUCAUCGUCGUCUCACAUGCAGCCGCAACAAACAUCACAACAACAGCAGCAAACCCAGAAAUCAUUACAUGUGACGCACCAGGUCGGACCGCAAAAUAACAUUACGAUGCAACAACAUAAUUUAACGCAACAUCAACAUCCCCCUCAGCAGUCACAGCAACCGCAACUUAUGCAACAAGAGCAGUCUCCGCAAAUCCAUCAGCAGCAAAAUGUGCAACAUCAACAUGCAGCAUCUCAAGUUUCACCGCAACAGCAAACACAAACAUUGCACCAAAAUGUUGUGGCGACGGCGGGCAACGGUCAAAACCAGCAUCAGCACCAACAACAACAGCAAAGUUCUCCCUCAAUAUCAGACAACUGUACAACGCCUAAUCAACAGCAACAACAGCAAACAUCCCUUAGCAAAGCAGACAAUAUGUCAGCAGCCACAUCUUCAAUCCUUGAUAAGCAUGCAUCGCCAACGGGCAGUAAUCCUGCAUCAACAAACACGACCAGCACGAAUACAAGUAAUAAUAACACAACUGCUGCGCCGGUUAAAAAAACACAUGUACUGAAUCCCUCAGCCAAGCCGUUUACGCCUCGUAGUCCCAGCACUCCAAAUCCGUCAAGACCUCAUACCCCACAAACACCGGUGCCUCUGGCAACGCUUUACACACCAGCGGGUGCGCCUAUAGCGGCCGCAGUACCCGGACAACAAACGCCAGUCUACAUGAUGCAAAGUCAACAGUCAGCUGCGGCAUUCCAUGCGCCCACUCAUCCUCAAGCUGGUCAGCAACAGCGUAUGCGGCGCAGCAAUUAUGGACCCUUGACACCCUCACAAAUGCAUGCUUCAGCUGCUACGGGCCAACCGCUGCUGGCUACCGCCCCAUUGCCUACACAGUUCAUACCGUAUCCUCAAACCCCUCAUGCGCCACAUUUUCAAUCACAACCGUACGCGCCAACAAUGGUACGUAUGUACGAGCCGCAACCAUUGCAAUUUUUGACACAAACGCCACCUUCAACUACUCCUUCACCGGGCCAACCGCAUCAAACGUUUCACCCACAACCACAACCUUCCCCUGCUGGCGGGGGACCACAGCCUACAUUUGGACCACAGACUCAGCCGCAGUACCAUGUCAUGUGUCCCCUGACGUUACAUCCCACACAAUUAAUGCCUACACCAUAUUAUCCGACCGCGGCACCGCAACAUCCACAACAAGGUCAGCAAUUUCAGAUCUUGAUGCCACAACAUCCAGCACAAUAGAGUACGGAUGAUAAAUUACACGCCACCACAUAAACGAUUCACAAUAUAAUUGAUUUAAUAUAAAUAAAUAAAAUGAGAAAUGGGGAAGGGGAAAAAUUAAUCCCUAUUCCUGCCAAAGAAGAAAAGAAGAAGAUGAAAAAAAAGCGAUGUAAAAACACAAGCAUAAAUUUCGGGAUUACUUUGUGAACGUUUUCAAUCCUGCAUUAUUCAUUCUGACUAUCGUGCGAAGGGGAACAAUGAAGGGAGAUAGAGAAGGAGAACAAUAAAGGAAACAAAAAAAAAAAAAAAAAACAAAGAAGAAAAACAAACAUCAAAUGCAUUAAUGAAAAAUACAAACUUAGAAAAUGCGCUGUUAACUGUUGAAAGCAAGUAAAUGCUCUUUUAAAAAAGCAAAAAAAAAAAAAAAAAACAAAAAAAAAAAAACCACAAAAAUUUAUGAUUCCACUUUAAAAAUCGUUCGAUCAUUUUGUUAGUUUAGCCGCCGUCCGCUAUAUGUCGUGUUAUAUUUCUUUCAUAAUUCAUUUUAUUAUUUUUUCUCGUGUUUUAUUAUUACUUUCAUACAAUUUUCAUAUUUCGUCCUUUCUGUCUAAAUUAAUAUCUUACAAAAAGAAAAAAGGAGAAAGAAAAAAAAAAAAAAAAAAAAAGGUGGAAAGCCUGUUGAUGUUGAUUGAAAAGGAAUUUGAAGUUUUUCGAAAAUUGAAAUUUUUUUUUUUUUUAAAUGCUGUUAUGUUUAUGUCUCAAGGCAAAUGUACGUUUUUCAACUGAUUUCAAUUUCAAGUUAAAUGAAAGAAAAGCAAACAUAAUAAAAUCA